AUGUCUACACAUAUAGCUACUAAUGACGAUCCGUCAUCCAUAAACACUUCAAUGGAAAAAAACUACAUUGAAUUAAAAAAUACAAAAGUAAGCAGUUCAGAUGGUGAGCACAAGGACACAGAAGCUUACACAUUACAAGAUGGUUCUAUUGAGCCAGACCACGAGGAUUAUCAAGAAGAAGGCUAUGAAAUCCCAACACAAGAUGAAAUGAAAACAUUAAGACGUGUAGGUGGCCGUAUUCCAUUCAGAUGUUUCUUGGUUGCUCUGGUCGAAUUGGCAGAAAGAUUUUCUUACUAUGGGUUAUCCGCACCUUUCCAAAAUUAUAUGCAAAAUGGGCCAACCGAUUCUCCACCUGGUGUUCUACAAUUGAACAGUAGUGGUGCUACAGGCCUAUCCUACUUCUUCCAAUUCUGGUGUUACAUCACCCCCAUUUUUGGUGGUUACUUAGCCGAUACUAAAUGGGGCAGGUACAAUACUAUCGGUGUCGGUACUGUUAUUUACAUCAUCGGUAUUUUCAUUCUAUUUAUUACAUCUUUUAAAACAGUGGCUGGUCGUGAUGGUGCUUUAGCAGGAUUUAUACUUGCGCUUAUUUUGAUUGGGUUUGCAACUGGUUUAAUUAAAUCAAAUCUAUCUGUUUUAAUCGCAGACCAAAUUCCAGCCAAGAGACCAAGAGUCAAGACCUUGAAAUCCGGUGAAAGGGUCAUUGAAGACCACGAUGUUACUAUACAAAAUGUGUUCAUGUUCUUCUACCUAAUGAUUAAUAUUGGUUCUUUGUCAGUUAUUGCGACAACAGAACUUGAAUUGAAUGUCGGCUUUUGGGCAGCCUAUUUACUACCUUUCUGUUUCUUCUGGAUUGCCGUUAUUGUAAUUGUUGCUGGGAAGAGACAAUACAUCAUCAAACCAACGGGAGACAGAGUUAUUGCCAAAUCUUUCAAGGUCUGUUGGAUACUUUGUAAGAACAAGUUUGAUAUCACAUCCGCCAAGCCAUCGUAUCAUCCGGAAUCAGAAUUCCCAUGGGAGGACAAAUUUGUCGAUGAAAUACAAAGAGCGCUGGCUGCAUGUAAAGUAUUUCUAUUCUAUCCAAUCUAUUGGACUUGUUACGGACAAAUGGUUAACAAUUUUAUCACCAUGGGUAGUAUGAUGCAAUUACAUGGAUUACCAAACGAUAUUUUCCAAGCAAUUAAUUCAAUAUCAUUAAUUAUUUUCAUUCCAAUUUGUGAGAAAUUCUUGUAUCCAUUUAUUAGAAGGUUUACACCAUUGAGACCAGUGACUAGAAUCUUUUGUGGAUUUAUCUUUGCUGCAAUGGCAAUGGUGUGGUCAUGCGUGCUUCAACAUUUUAUUUAUUCCACCGGACCAAACUAUAAUCGACCACUGGAGCUUGGUGCCAACGACAUCCAUGUUGGAUGGCAAGUACCCGCUUAUGUCUUCAUUGCAUUUUCGGAAAUUUUUGCAUCUAUUACUGGUCUAGAAUAUGCAUAUUCAAAAGCACCAGCUAAUAUGAAGUCUUUUAUCAUGGCUCUUUUCUUGUUCAUGAAUGCUUUCGGUUCUGCUAUCGGUUGUGCCUUAUCUCCAGUCUCUAAGGAUCCUGAUUACACAUGGUUAUACGGCAGUCUAGCUGUCGCAUGUUUCUUAUCGGGAUUAAUUUUCUGGUUAUGUUUCAGAAAAUAUAAUAAGAUAGAAGACGAAAUGAAUGCUCUAGAUUUUACUGAUAGUGAAGAGGACGAAAUUUUAAUAAGACGAGCAGAAGACGAAGACGUGGCAAGUUUGAAGGCCUAA